AUCCCAUGAAGACACGACGACCGCGGCUCGACGAAUACAACAGCCGGCAACAUUUCAGGCGACGUGCGAGCGUGUUUGGUAACUAUGUACAAGGAUUAUAAGACUAAUAUUAUUUUAAAAUAUUGCUAGCAGUAUUUAUUUUCUAAAAUGAAUACUUGGAGCAAUAUCAGUAAUGAAACUGAUGAAAACCUUAAAGAAGAAGGAAAUCGCUUGUUCAAAAACAAACAAUAUGAAGAUGCUAUUCGGUGUUUUAGUUUAGCCAUUUUAAAAAACCCAGAGGUUCCGAAGUAUUUCACCAAUCGUGCUUUGUGCUAUUUUAAAAUAAAAAAUUGGGAUAAAAUGUACAGAGAUUGUCGUCGUGCACUAGAAAUUAACCCAAAUAUUGAAAAAGGAUAUUUUUAUCAGGGAUUAUCACUAAUUGAAAUGAGAGAAUAUGAUGAAGCCAUAAAAAAAUUACUGAAAGCCCAUACUUUAAUAAAAGAAAAGAAAAUUAUCUAUGGCGAUGAAAUAACAAGUCAACUUCGAAAAGUUUAUAGAUUGAAACAAGAGAAACAAAAUGAAGAGAGACAGAAUCAACAAACAACUCUUUUGUCAUACUUGCAAAAACUACUGAAGGAUGACUUGAUUCGUCAAUUCAGAGACAUACAAUCAACAGAUGAUCAUAUGAUUGAAGAUUUAGUCAUUAUACAAAAUAAAAAUGAUAGAUUUGCUGCUGACCUUAAAAUAAUUUUUGUUAUGAAUGAUGACCGAUUAAAGAAACGUGAGUUACCCAAAUAUUUGUGUGGAAACAUAGGUUAUGGUAUUUUAAAAAAUCCUGUUAUCACUCCAUGUGGCUUAAGUUAUGAUCGCAAGGACAUUGAAGAACACUUAAUGAAUAUAGGGAAUUUUGAUCCUGUGUCUCACCAACCUUUGACUGUCAAUCAACUCAUUCCAAAUUUGGCUUUAAAAGAAAUAGUCGAAUUAUUUAUUAAAGAAAACGAGUGGGUAAACAAUUAUUGCAAAACUUGAACAGAAAAUUGAAUACAAUGUAUAAAAUACAAAACAUAGUAAUGAAGGAUUAU